AAAUUCGAUCAGGAAACGGAAACUUCACUUCUAGCACACUUGAGCUAUUCUCACAGCCUGCGCCAACCCAAUUUUCACAUUAUCGUAAAAUAUUCAAAAACUCAGAGCCAAAUUACACGAAGAAACUCUAAAGUACAUUAUAAAAUUAUGAGUAAUCCAAGCUUUUCAGAUCCAGCGACAGUCUUGUUCUUAGAUAUGCUGGCAGAUAUUUUAACGCACGACAGCCUUCAAAUGGAGUCAGAUUUCAACACCAAGAUGCAGUUUAUCAAUGAAAUAGUUAAAACUUGCGAAGACGAUGCCAAAAAUCUACAUUACGUGGGUCAAACCCUGAGAUCAGCACGUUGCAGCAUGCUUAAGUUAGAAAUGGAUCUGAAAGAGAACGAGGCUAACCUGAUCGAGGCGGAGAAACUAGUUGAAAUGUCAGAGCAAUGUCAAAGUCCUGAGGUCGUGUCCUACCAAACGUAUCCUUUGGGACGUCCCACUUAUCAGGAUUUGCUGAGUUUGCUCAUGUCCACUGAAAAAACUGCCGAUCAGUGCAACCAGAUGAAAGAGGAGAUCGUGAUGAAUAACCAUCCGAUCCCUGCGAACGGUAUUCCCGGAAAUCUGGUUGCCAAGCUUAUUGAUUGCCACCGAUGUACCCUGGAGGCCUUGGAAAAGCAGAUGGAAAAUUUGCAGAGCCAUGUCGCGGCAGUUGAUAAGGAGUUCGGACACCUUUAUAACGAACAAGAUGCAAGUAAAUUCAACGCCCCGUGCCCCUGCAAACCGAUCGAGAAGUUAAAGCCAAAGGACGGUUGUGGAAAACGCAUUUAAUCUAUUAGAUUAUAUAUAUUUCCAACGAGUUUUAUAAAUGCUUAUAAUGCUGCAAGUUCAA